AUGGGGUGGUGGUGGGAAAUUUUGGGGGAGGAAGGGGGAGAAGGGGGAGGAAGGGGAGGAAGGGGGAGAGGAGGGGGAGAGGAAGGGGAGAGGAAGGGGAGGGGGGAAGGGAAGGGGAAAGAGGGGAAGGAGGGAGGAAGAGCUGGGGUAUCAGAAGCGGUGGUGUAUUAGUGAAGAAAUUAUUUUGAAUUAGGGGUUAGGAUUAGUUAUGUUUCUUCAGAGUUUUGGUCUUUUUCUCUCUGUUGGAAAGGAUAACGUCUGCGAUUAUUGAGCCGAUAACUAGGGAAAUUCCAACCCAAUGCAUUGCUAGAAAAGGAUACUAAAGAAUUUUCUAGAAGUAUUCACAACACUCAAAAUGAAGCAGUCAAAUCUGUUAAUGGUGAUGUACACGAAGAUCUGCCCCAUAGCUCCAGAUAAAGCUAUAAGUAGAAGUUCACCAAUGUUGGUCAUUGUGAUUUCGUUUAGAAUGAAUUCUCCGUUUGAAAAAUAUGUUGACAUAAUGACUACGAAGCUGCAGAUGACUCCACAAAUAUUGCUGCCUCACAUUAAGUCGAAGGGAGUAGACUUCUCUCCCUUGUUCUUAUCUUUGUCAGUCUGAGUAGCUAGUAUACCAUCGAAGAAAAGGCUGAUGAAUAAUAAGCAAAGUCCAAUAGUGUUGAUUGUCAUUGUGCUCACAUGACUUCCUAAUUUGGCAA